CUGGCGGUGACAGCGGCUGGAGUCGUCCUUGCCGCAGCGCCUGGCAUCAUCACGGGCCCGAUUCUGGGCGUGGCCCAUCUGCUUGGCUUCACAUCAAGCGGCGUCGCCGCAGCCUCGAUUGCUUCGGGAACCCAGGCUGGUAUCGGAAAUGUUGCCGCCGGAAGUGGCUUUGCGGUGAUGCAGAGUGCCGCAGCUGGAGGAUAUGGCGUGGGGAUCCUGACGGGCAUCGUCCAAGCCGUGGGAGGGGUUACAGCCGCUGUUGGA